CUAUCACCAGGCGGCAGAUAUGCAAGCCGAAGCCCGCAAAUUAAGAAGAACUCCUAACGCAUGUAUUCCAUGCCGUCAGAGCAAAGUGAAAUGCUCUGGCAAUGAACCAUGUACCAGCUGCCAACGGCGGCUUGUGAAGUGCCGGUUUGCAGAGGAAGGCAACAAAUUGUUGGUAUCGGAGAGGUAUAUCCAAGAGCUACAGAACCAGGCGAAAAAUCAGCAUUGCGGAACUGGAACGAAACGCUCCCAUGACACAGCUAUGGGAUCCGGCGAUGAAAUUGAUAAGGUAACAGACGGCCAAUCUAGAGAACUGCAACCUUCCAGCUGGAGCAACAAUGAGCACAGCAUAUGGAGAAACCCAUUUACAUUCCCCUCUAUGACUAUAAAAAAUCCCUAUAAAGACAACCGUACCUGGAUUUGGCUAGCUCCUUCAUCAGUAUGGUCGUUCACUAGGCGGCUCACAACCAUGAUAACCGAGAAGCUUGACCUUGAAGAUUCUUACAGUAGCCCUUUAUUCAAAGAUGGAGAUAUUUACCAAUUAAGUUGGAAACUAUCCUCUGAUGAUAGCCUUCCUGAUAUCAGUGGUAUCCCACCGAUUGAUUAUGCGCUGUAUCUCUUCAAUACCGUCAAAUUCCAUCUCGGCCAGAACUAUCGAUUCUUCGAUGAAGAGGCGUUCAUUACCCAUAUGCAGGAAUUCUACUACGGGUCGGCUAUUAAAAAAGCUACAGAAUCUCGGCUUUGGUUUGUCCAGUUCCUCUUGGUCCUUUCAUUUGGAAAAGCUUUUCUGUCGCGAUCAAGGAACCCUAGGGAUCCACCCGGCUCAAAGUUCUUUGUUCGUGCCAUGUCCCUCAUGCCUGCGCAUAGUUCUCUGUUUAAGGAUAGUCUGCUGGCAAUUGAGGUUCUGGCUCUUGCUGGAUUAUAUUUCUAUUCAAUUGAUCAAAGAGAGUCGGCGCAUUUAUACGUAGGUCAAGCAAUACGCAUAGCGCAGUUGGAAGGAAUGCACACCGAGCUGCCUGAAGAGGAACUUGGCGCGGCAACCCUGACCCGGUGUCGCAACCUCUGGUGGACUUUAUACAUCAUGGAUCGACAUUUUUCGUCAUCGGUAGGGCUUCCAAUGAGCACACAAGAUAGCGAUAUUGCUACUUUAAUCAAUCCGCCGGGUAUAUCUUCACAACGAGAUACGACUCUCAGUCUACAAGUGAAGUUGUCACGCUUACUGGCCUUUAUCCUGACUACUGUAUACAAAUCAGUGAAAAGUCCAAUGAAGACGUUUCUCGAGACCACGCAAUCUAUAGUGAAUACUAUUGCUGGACAUGCGGAAGAAAUCGAGAAGAUAAUCCACGUCAAAUUCCAGAGCUCGGUAGAUUCAAUGCCCAAGGGGACGCGCCAUAUAACUCUAUUAUAUCACCAGUGUGUCAUUGUGGCAACGCGGCCUCUUCUUCUUUCAGUGCUCAAUGAAAGACUAGAAAAGUUAGAUGACGGCGGAGCGGACUGGCAAAAUUUCUUGCCCCGUACGAAGUCGUUAAUCUCCACCGGUAUCAACUCAGCUAUAAAGACACUUGAGAUAUUGUCUGCAUUAGUCGAGGACAGUCUUCUUGAGGGUUUCCUGCCAUUUGACCUUGAAUUUACAUACGGAUCUGCCGUGCAUCUGAUAAUGGCAAACACACUCUUCCCCAACAUGAUCGACGGACAGAAUACCUAUAGCCAAGACGCACAUUCGAUUCUGGACGAAAUCAUCUGCAAGGGAAACAGAGUUGCCGAAGUGCGGAAACAAGAAUUAAUUUAUCUCGAGGGCUUGUUUCAGCAGCUUGCCACGCGUGUAGACCGGCGGGGAGAUUUCCAAAGCUCUUUUACGCCAUCUGUCCUUGACAAUAAUGUGCAGAUAAUCGAGCCAAAAGAUAAAAGUUCUUGUGAAAAGGAGGACGAGCAGCAGCAGCAGCAGCAACAACAAGAACUCCCACAACAACCACAACCACAGCAGAAAGCAUCUAGGACAUCUCCUGAAACACCAACAACUGCCACUCCUCAAUCAGUCACAGCCGCCUCCGGAGACCCUCAUCAAUUAUCUCCCGCUUCGCUAAACCUACAAAUGUCGUCAACUAAUAUCGAAUAUCUCAACAAUAUUCGAAUCUCUUCGUGUGAGAUUCUCUCGAUCAUGGACCAGAUUGGCAAUCAUGAACAAGACUGGGAGGCAGGCGUUUAACAGAUACUUGUUUCAUUCAUUAACAUUACAUGAACAUGGCAUUGCUUAGCUCAGUAGCCAAACGAAAGAC